GAGACGAACGCAAAGCUGGUAUCUGCAAGCUCCGGGCCAACGGCGCUGGUCAGGGCAGCUCUCUCCAGGGAGGAGGAGGGGGACGCAACUGGUAUUUUCUUUUUCUUUCUUUCUUUUUUUUUUGGUCAGCGUCUGCCUGCCAGCCAGCCUGACUGCUCAGUACUCAGCAGGAGACGACAUUUAGCUAGUCGGCGGACAGAAACGAGCGGAUAUUGUUGGGAUGGAUGGACCAAGUGAACAGUUUUCGCCGUGAGACUGGCGCUAAUUUGGACGCCCUGAGCAGCAGGUGUACUGAAGGAUAAAGCAGACUCAAGGCAAUCUCAGUGUUCAUGAAACUUUGCUACGAUUUACGUGCUGGGGUUACCGUCCGCCAUGUUAAGGUAAAGCCCAGGUGCGCGGUGUUGACCAUGCUAAAGCGCCUGGACAAGAUCCGCUUCCGAGGCCCCAGGACGAGAGAGGACUUCCCGGAUCUGGCCGAGUCGCCACCGGCCUCCGACAACGAAUGUAGCGAUGACAUGCAGCUGAAGCCCAGGGCAGCUCUGCGAGACACAGAGGACCUCCUGCGAGACCCUGCAGGUUCAGGGUCUCCCACCAUGGCUGCGGCCAUCCAGGAGUUCCAGAGAUCGGAGUCAGACCGACUCAAUGAAGUCAAAGGUCACCUGGAAAUUGCCUUACUGGAGAAACAUUUCCUACAGGAGGAGCUGAGGAAGCUGCGGGAAGAGACCAAUGUGGACUCCCUGCGGCAGGAGCUGGAGAGAGAGCGAAGCAAGAGGAUAGACCUGGAGCAGAAGAUGAAUGAAGUGCUCAAGUCCAGGCUGGAGGACUCCCCGCCACAGCCUCCCCGGAAACAGCAGUCGCCCUCAACCAAUGGAACAGGUGGGACCUUGGAGGAAAAGAGAGAAAGGGUUGGGGCAGAGAAACAGCAGAAGGAGGUGUGGAGUUCGCGGCUCCAGAAGUGGCUGUACGAGCGCUUCGGGGUUUACAUCGAAGACUUCCGCUUCCAACCAGAGGAGAGCACCGUGGAGACCGAGGAACCGCUAAGUGCUAAAAGGUUGACAGAAAAUAUGAGGCGACUCAAGCGAGGAGCCAGACCUGUCACCAACUUCUUAAGGAACCUCUCCGCCUUAUCUAAUUGGCACUCCGUCUACACCUCAGCUAUUGCCUUCAUUAUCUAUAUGAAUGCUGCUUGGCAUGGCUGGGCCAUUCCCAUGUUCCUCUUCCUGGCUAUCCUGCGCUUGUCCUUAAAUUACCUCAUUGCCAGAGGUUGGAGGAUCCAGUGGAGCAUUGUGCCUGAGGUCUCUGAACCCAUGGAGCCUCCAAAGGAAGACUUGACUGUGUCUGAAAAGUUCCAGCUUGUACUUGAUGUUGCACAAAAAGCACAGAAUCUUUUUGGUAAGAUGGCGGAUGUUUUGGAGAAGAUAAAAAACCUGUUCAUGUGGGUGCAGCCGGAGAGCACCCGUAAACUUUACAUCUGCCUGUGGGUGGCUUUCAUCACUUCCUGCGUCCUGCCAUACAAGCUGAUGGGCUUCAUGAUCGGCCUGUACGCCGGCAUCAAGUUCUUCAUCAUAGACUUCCUUUUUAAGAGCUGUCCGAAGCUGCGGGACAAGUACGACACACCUUACAUUGUGUGGAACAGCCUCCCCACCGACCCCCAGCUCAAAGAGAGGACCAACGCCACUGUGUCGCGGCGGCUCUCUGGCAUUGAGAAGGUUCAGCCGGUGGUGUCUCGCAGCAGCCUCGCCACCGUCCCAUGUGGGGUGAGCAGGGAGGAGGAGACAGGUCGCUCCCACAGCACCAAGAAGGGAGCCUUUCAUGAGAUCUUCAACCUCCCGGAGUCAGAGCGCCCUCUGGCGGUGUGUGAGAACGGCUGGAGGUGUUGCUUGAUAAACAGAGACAGGAAGAUGCCCACAGACUACAUCAGGAAUGGAGUUCUUUACGUCACAGAGAAUUACCUCUGCUUUGAGAGCUCCAGCUCCAGAUCCAGCUCCUCCAAAAAGAAUAAAGUUAUCAAGCUGGUGGACAUCACUGACAUACAAAAGUACAAAGUGCUGUCAGUCCUGCCAGGAAGUGGGAUGGGUAUUUCCAUAGCAACUCCUUCCACUCAGAAGCCAUUGGUGUUUGGUGCCAUGAUCCACAGAGACGAGGCCUUCGAGGCCAUCUUCACACAGUACAUGAAGAUCAUGACCACCACCAAACCACCAGCUAGUGCUGAGCUCUAGACGGCCUGCAUCCCUGCAGCACAUCUCUAUACUGGGGCUAAAGUCUGAGGCGGAGAGCCUCCUCAGUUUCUACUGGACUGGAAGAUACUUUCAAACACCGCACUCCUCUGCUCUGUGAGAGCCUCCUCCUCUUCUUCUUGUGAUGGGCUUCAGCUUCCUCAGCGAUGGCCAUCGUCCGCCUUUGAUUGGUGGAUUCCCUGUUUAGGCCACAUCGGAGAGGAUAUGGGGGUGUGUAGUUAGGAUUUAGUCACAUGACACGCUUUUUGUGGGUGUUGGACACUGGACAAAAUCUGUUAAUUGGUUCUGUGAGGAGCGAGGAGCUAAAGUGGGGUUUUUAUCAAUCAGCAGAAGGCUGGUGAGGGGGCUGGUUCUCCUCUCCCACCUAACUGACCAACUGACUGGCUGACUGGUUUCCUGACUUACUUGUUUCUGUGUUUGUUUGCAUGUAUGUGUGUGUGUGUGUGUGUGUUUGGGGGGAUUAAGGUCUUGAAUUGUGUCCAGUGGCUCUAUAUUUUCUCUUUACUCCUCAGUCAGUGAUCUACUGUGGUAGGAAGUAAAAUGAAUAUCAUAAAACAGCUAGAAGAUAAACAGAUAAUUCUUAUUAACUGCCAGAGAUCUGUAGGAACAAACCUGUAAGUUUAGCUUAAUAAAUCAGUGCAAAAACAACCAUUAAUGUUGAAAUAUUUAGACGUACUGGCUGACUGGUGCCUCCAGGCAUUGCCCAACAAAAUUCUAGGAGUAUUCAUGUGUGAGUGGUCAGUGAUUGUGUGUUGUUUUUUUUUUUUUUCUUUUUUAAAUGUGUGUUCGCUGUGAAAAUGUCAGGUCGCCAUUUGACUGACACAGAGCCUUUCUGUUAGUUUACACUGCUGCUGUCUAACUUCUGGCUUUUCCCUCCUCUUUUUAGACGCACAUUUCAGCAGCAGUAUGUUUUAGUCGUCUUCGUCGAUCCAACAAACAGAAAAUGUACGCUGCAUUCAGCAUCAUGCUUCGGUGUUUGUAAAGUGUGCGUAUGUGAAACGUGUAGUGAAGUGUUUUUUCAAAAAUGCCUUUCUUUUGGAAUUUUUUUUUUUCUUUUGGUCUUAGUAACAGACAGCCUUUGGGGUGAGUAACUGAUGGUCCUGGAGCUGCUGAUUGUGUCUGAGACAAGAGCACAACACUGACUGCCAUUUAGAGUCGUGGCACAGUGGAGAACAUAGCCUCCCAUGUCUAAGCUUCUCUUUUCAAGGCACAAUCUGUACAUAUUUAGUGAGAUUUUCUUUUUUCUUCCAUCAGUGGUGUUCUCCCUGCACUUUAUUAGAAUGGAAACUGGAAUUUCUGACAUUUAUGUUGCAGCAGAUUGACUUCAAAUUCUCACUGCUUCAGCUGGAAUCCGUGGUCAGUGUUUGCAGAUAGUUUCAAAGCUGCCAGUCAAGUCCUGUGGUAUUUCUCUUUUGUUUGACUACUUGAGCCAGCACAGGUCAAAACCUGCUGGUGUCAGUGCAGCACAAAUGCAGUCACAGCACACUGUAUUAAUGCAGGAUUGAUGUCUGCCAUCGGGGGGGUGGUGGGGGGGGGGGGGGGGGGGGGGGGGGGGGUUACUGUGAGCCAGACAACCUUCAAACUGACCAUGAAAGAAGAAAGUACUUUACCUUGAAAAAGGAACUACUGGUAGAUUACUUUCACAUCACAGCCCUUCACACAUUAAAGUGUUGAGGUGUUUCACCCUUGGAGAUAUAGAUCUAAACCUGAUCAUCCAAGACCAGGGCACAAAUAUCCAUUAAACCUGUCGUCUUCUGAUUGGGUAUAGCCACUUCCACAAAUGCUCAGUGAUUGGUUAGAUAAGCAGGAACAAGUUCUGCCCAAUUCAAUUCCAGUUUUCAAAAUCCAAAAAACAGGAUUAUGAGCUAUAAAGAUAUGCCUAAUUACUUUCUUCUGUUUGUUUAUUCUUUUCAUUUUUGCUGAUUUAUAAUGCCACAGUGGGUAGAUGCUGUCAUCUGGGUGCUCUUCCACUUGUUCCAGAUCUUCUAAAUGUAGGCUCUUUUAAAACAGGAGUCUAUGAAGUAUAUGGAUAAAGUCUAGACUGAACAGAAUAUUUCAGCGUCACUUUAUUUCAACACGCCGUUCGCAGGAAUGAAGCUGGUCUUUUGCUCUUGCUGAACGGUUUGAUAUGUAGAAACAUAAUGCCAAACUACAACAGACACUUUACCGUGUUUCGUGAGACGAACGGAGAUGGGAUAGAGGACAGGAGGUCACGAUUCCUCUUCGGAUUUUAGUAUGACAGACAUUAGAGUAGCUAUUCCACACUCCCGGGUUAAAUUCCUGUUUUCUGUACGCCCAGCAGCACAAGCUUUAGUUUACUUGUAAAUCCUACAAAACACUGUUAAAAGGGAGACCUUGACAUUUGAAUUUUUUUUUUCUUUUAAUCUGCGGGUUUUUACUCACUGGACGCUCCUUUCGAGAUUAACAAUCCUUAGUCACACUUGAGUCGCCAUUCCUCAAGGAAAACAGGAUUAUUUUCAGUUAUCCGCCCUUUAGAGCUGCCCUUGCACUUCAAAUGUCAAUGUUUCUCUUAAAACCUAUACAAGUCCUCUUGUCAUCAUUUUGAAUUAGAAUCAACUGGACUGGAUAUGAAGUUGCCAGGGCUGCAAUGGACCAGUUCAAACAACUUUAUUAUUAUUAUAAUUAUUAUUAUUAUUUUUAAUUCUGAGUAAUUAAGGAAUGAUAUUUUUCUUUCUACAUGCAUUGGUAUGUUUUGGCCUGUUAAUAAUAGGCUGCCUUUCCAGACAUGGAUUUCUAUUUUUGUUUAGGAGUAAAUUUGAUCCAUGAACGGAGGAAACCUGUCGGAUAUUAGAGCAGGUGAAGUCAGUAAAGUAAUUAACGCUGUCUCACUGUGUGAUCGGAUGGCUCGUUGUAGUCUUAAAGCUUUUACCUGAAGCCUUUUGUAAUCUGUUAACUCUGAAAAUCAGCUCUCGGGGGUUUGCAGGCCCUGACAAGGCUGCGCUCAGAUAAAGCACAGAAUGUAUCACGUUUUCAAUUUUCUUUUUUUUUUUCUUUUGCCAAAUCUUUAAAUUUCUGUCUGCCAUAUUCUGCCUACACUCAUGUUUACAGAUGGUUGUAAAAAUUAUUUUGUUGUUUCUUCUUUUUUCUUUUUAAACCCAGUUUGAAUUCCUUUGACUCUGGAGUUAUGAAGACUGGACGGCUACACUGUUCUUGAAUUAAUGUCUCAGCUCUCAUUGGCUCUGCACCACUCAUGUGACUAUCUCUGCUCAUCUUCAAACCAAUAGGAAACUCAGAUCAUAGUGACAACAGGAGCAGUAUUUCAAACCUCACGCAGCAUGUAAAUUGUCAUAUCCAACAUCACAGUACUUUGGUUACAGUGUAGUGUAAGUUUCAGUAAAACACCAGACUCACUGGCUUUUCAUGCAGAGCAGAGAUGGUCAUGGUGGACUGAAAAGACAACAUUAGUGUUUUUGACUUUGAGUUUGUCCGUUGUGACUUGAUGCAGCUCUUGAAGAUUGUAGAGAAAAGGCAAAAAUUGAACAUAAGUGGGAUUGUUUCAAUUAGGAAAUAAAAUGUGUGCACUCACGGUAUUGUGAGGCAUUUUGGAGGGAAGUAUGGAGCUCAAAGAAAUAGUUGGAAAAUGUGCUUACUUGCUUUCUUGUUGAGAAUCUAAAGAGAGGAUUGAUGCUACUUUAAUGUCUGUGCACUGAAUACGAAGCUAUUACCUUCAGCUGCUUAGCUUACGUUAGCUUAGCACGAUUUUGUUGCCUUUGGACAAACCCAGUAACGAGCCGUUUCCACUCCUUGUGCUAAGCUAAGCUAACCCACUGCUGGCUGUAGAAAUUCUGGAUCACUCGGCCAAUUAAAAUCUUCAUUUGCAGUUCACUUCAAAGAUAGAUAAGUGAGCGUAUCAUCAUUCAAAUGCACUUUGGUCGGUACCUCACACAGUUAUGUAUGUAUGUUAGGUAUGUUAAUUAAAACAAGGGUGUCUUUGUGAGGAUAAAACAAACUACAGCUCCCAUAAUAAUUUACCAGAGUCACACUGGCUGUUCUACCUGCUAUGUUCAGGUUAAUUGGCAGCAGUUUGCAACAGAUUUGUUCAAACAUAAACUGUUUUUCACCACACAAACAUGAGACACGUUAAAGUUGUAGCUCUCCACAAGAAAGUAAUUAAGCUUAUUCUCCAAUAAAUAUUCCUUUAAUGUCAUGAAUGGUCAGCUAGUUAAUGACUGCCAUACUGUCUCUAUUACUGUUGGUAGAUGAUGUAGAAUGGUCUGAGGCUGUUACUGCUGUCAUGAUCACAGGGACUUUGUCAAAGACAGUGGUGUUGUUUUUUCAGGGUCCCCUCCAUUGUAGCUGGUGUCCUCGCUGUUGUAUUAAAUACGUAGUUCCUCUAACUGUGUGUAAAUGUUAAUUAAGGGUUUUCCAAAAGCAUUUCAACAUCCAAGAGAUCCACAGUGAGUGUUCAGUACUAACUGCACCAGGGCUCCGGUCUCAUUUCGGACAAAAUUAACUGUCUCCAGGCUACAAAUCAAAACAGCCUUAAUCUGACAAUAUGACUGAAGUGAAGUUAAAAGCUUAAUUAAAUAAAUAACCUCAAGGAUUCGGUCCUGUUUUAUGGACUGAGACAGUACUCAUGAUAUUUGGUACAGUCAGUGAAUUGCAAAUUAAAGCCCAAGUGUUAACUGGGAAACACUGCAAUCAUUAUAAUGAGUAAUGAAUUUGUUAUCUGUGACAGUCGCUAUAAUGACGUUUUGUUUUUGUUUGUUUUUUUCUUUUUGUCAAAGAGGAAUUUGUAUACAAAUUAUUGAAAUGUACAGUGAAGAAAACAAAAACCACUGAGUUUUUAAAAGACGUCUAUUGUAAAGGAUAAUGUGAUGUACAUUUUUUUAAUUUAAGUAAAUGAAUUUAAGGUA